CUCUUCACGGUGACGUCACGCAGCUUCAUUCCGUCAUGAUGUUGUUCGGUUCCGCGGAUGAGCGCAGAUCAGCGUGAUUACAGCGACGAGAACGCGACAAAAUCAACGGAAUCCGAGAUCUGUGACAUCAACAUUUACUAUGGAGUUAAAGAAAGCCAUUUCUGAAAGCGAAGCGACGAUGAAAACCUACGGCGCGCUGCAGGAGACAAACCGGAGCAGAGACAAAGGCCAGAUGGACGUGUCCAUGGCUGAAAGCUCCAUAUCUGCAGACGAGAUGGAGGCAGAAAUGGCUCGGAUUCAGCGUCUGCGGGAGGUGCUGGUGAGACGCGAGUCUGAGCUGCGCUUCAUGAUGGAUGAUAUUCAGCUCUGCAAAGACAUUAUGAAGCUGAAGCAGGAGCUGAGGAAAAUAGUGGCAGUCCCAGAUGGAGAGAAGACUAAGAAACAUCGUCAGAGAGAAGAGAAGUUAAUCCAGGAGAUUCAUCAGCUGGUGCAGAAGAGAGAUUUCCUGGUGGAUGAUGCCGAGGUCGAGCGUCUGAGGGAGCAGGAGGAAGAUAAAGAGAUGGCCGAGUUCCUCCGACAGAAGCUCAGCGUUACACAGAGAGCUCCGAAGCCCAGAACGACUGAACCUCCAGCCAACAAACCCUCCAUCAGCAAGAGCAGCGCGGCCCUCAUUAAGGACUGCUGCGGAGCCACUCAGUGCGUCAUCAUGUGAAGAUCACGAGAUUCCCCAAAGCAAAUCAUACCUGAAUUUGAUGAAUAUAAGUCUGUUGACUGAGCAUUAGAAAGACGUUCAGCUCCUCUGUGACUCAGGAGGAUCUCAGGAGCCCGAAACAUCCACACAAAACACAAAACCCAGCUCAGAGAGAAGAGUUUGUUUAUUCUUCAGCCUAACAAUACGAGUCACAAGAAUCGCUAACAAGCACAACAGAAUCACAUCAAACAGAAACUUAGUUAGGAAAUGUUAAAUAACACUGUUGUGAGUUUUAAACACGUGUCACAAUCCUGUGGAUGUUAGAGGCUCAAAAUCAGUCACUCAGUAAUUAUGACUGAAUUCACCAAAUAUUCCCCUAAAAGGUCUGAAAAUGAUUCUGGCGUUUGGGGGUUUUGUUACUCUUUUUCUGUUCAUGAACACAGAAGUGGAUCAACACAACCAUGUCAGUGAUAAAUGUGCAUAAACAUGCAAACUAUGUUUGGAGUUAUGUUAUGUUUAUUUGACAAAAAAAGUAGUGAAUACACUCUAAUCGUCAAGGAUAACACAAAGUUUAAAACAAAAUUUAUUUCCAUUGUGGUCCUUGAUGUAAAGCACAAACUUCACUCCCGGUAACAGGUUCACUGGCACUGCAUUAUAAAUACAAAAAUUACAAUAAAAUUCCACAUUUACAAAGAUUAAGUCACAAAUAACCACGUACGUAAUACAAAUUCAUCAACAAAACAACCUACCUAGUUAUAGCAUUUCUUUGCCUUUUGAAAUGUAGUGGUAUUUAAACAGGUCUGAUGAUCAGAAAUAAUUAGACAAACUGAAUCUGAGUGAAGCAGGACAUCAGCAAAUAAAGUCUCUUCCUGCAGUCGGUCUCUGCUUUAUUCAGUGUU